CGACUUCCUUUCGGAAAGGCAGGAAGAGGAGUUGUCGAGAAAGCCUGUGUGAGAGAAAUAUGAGUCACUGAUACCGUCACAUCCAUACCGAUGAUUGUGUCUCCCAAGGCCUGACGUUUCAAGUAUGGCAUCGUCGAACAAAAAUACGGCAGACAACGGAGGAUGCACGUAUCCAGCCGUAGUAAUCUGUAUAGACAUUGACCGCAGUGACGACGACGCGAAACCUGCCGCCUCGGAAAUUGAUCCACUCGCCGUCACAACCGUCGCCAACAGUAGAGCUGGUCUGAGGAAUCGUUCCGGCCUCAACUUUGCAACACAAGCGAACACCGCAGUAAUUAAUCUUUGUAAUGAUUUCCUUCUUGAUGCGAUGGAGGUGAAUGCGACCCCUCAAGUUCACCAGAGACACCGUAAACGCGCGGGAGACUCAACGGAGCUAGCGUCCAAAAAGGUGUGUCCAGAUGCCUAUGUCAUUGACGGAAUCGACACCAAUACCAGCAGCUUGCCGAAUACUGGUAGUGAGGAGGACCCUUCCACGCGAUAUCGACAAGUAUUGGGCCCGCUACGGAUGAAAUUUGUUGAGUCGUUUAGUUCGAUGCGGCACGUGAACGAAUCAGGCGUACCGAUAGGGAAACUCGAUGUAAAUGCGCUUUAUAAAGAAUUACUCGAGUUUCAGAUCAAUCUUCCCGUUGAAUUUUCGAGUGCCAUAUUCGUGCGAUCCGUGGAAUCGAGAUUGGAUUUGGUGCGAGCCAUGAUUACUGGGCCGGAGGGUACACCAUACGAGAACGGAUGUUUCUUUUUCGACAUUUGGAUGAACGACUAUCCCCAGUCCCCUCCCAAAGUCAAGUUCUUGACCACUGGAGGUGGUACUCUGCGUUUCAAUCCCAACUUGUACAGUUGUGGCAAGGUUUGUCUCAGUUUGCUCGGAACGUGGAGCGGGCCUGGCUGGAUCCCCAUGAAAUCCACUCUGCUACAGGUAUUGGUUAGUAUACAAGGUUUGAUCUUUGUACCGGAUCCGUACUUCAACGAACCGGGGUAUCAUGAUGAAGCUGGCAAUAAAUACCACAUCGCCGCAUCAAAAGACUACUCCAAUAAAGUUCGAACGGAUACGUUGGAGCAUGCCAUGCUGCCGCAUUUGCAACAGCUUCAUUCCAACACCCUGGACUUUCCAGAAUUCGAAUUGGCCCUCACAAAUCAUUUUUUACUUCGCGCUGACGCCAUACGUGUUCAGCUUGCGAAGUUGGCCGACGCAAUUUCAGCCUUGGAACCGAUGGUGAGGAAGAUGGAGACAGCUUUAGAGAUUGUUGGAGCUAAGAACAGGCCAAGGGCACACCCGACUGCGGGUCCACACGAAGUUGUUACUGUAGACUAAGUUCAAAAUGUGGACUUUUUUUGUAGUGGGGGUUAUGUUAGCCUUACGGGGUCCAGAGGAAACAAAUUGACAGUGGAAAACUCUCUCUCUCGAUUGGUCCGACUACCUAAAUCUGACACUUAAGUUGUACGUAUUUGUUUUGCUCUUU